GCACUGCUAGGGGAAGAUGGCUGAUGAUUUGAUCCUCCUUGCUGUGGUGUCUGUCCUGUCUGCCUGCCAGCAAAGUUACUUUGCUUGGCAAGUAGGAAAAGCAAGAUUCAAGUACAAGAUCACACCCCCAGCAGUCUCGGGGUCUCCGGAGUUUGAGAGAAUAUAUCGUGCCCACCAAAACUGUGUGGAGUGUUACCCAAUAUUUCUGACUACAUUCUGGAUAGCUGGAUGGUACUUCAACCAAGAACUAGUUGCCCUCCUGGGAUUGGGCUACAUGUAUGCCCGGCAUCAAUACUUCUAUGGCUAUUCAGAAGCUGUUAUACGAAGGCUAAGGGGCUUCCGCUUGAGUCUGGGGAUUCUGGCCUUGCUGGUUGUCCUGGGCGCAGUGGGCAUUGCAAACCGCUUUCUGGAUGAAUAUGUGGACUUCAGCCUAACCAAGAAAAUACGACGGUUGUUCUAAAGGUCUUUCUCCUUUUAAUGAACACAGGCAGAGUGAGACACAUGACUGUUUUCUCACUGAGGCUACUCACACUUCCCUCUUUAUGACAAUCUUUUCAGAAGCAAGCCUCAAAAUGAAGCCUCUUGCUUAAUUUUGCAGGAUGUGACAUUUGUACUUCG